AAAGAGUGGUAUAAUAUGAAGUAGAAAAAUAAGAAACCAAUAUCAGAACUUUUGAAGUAAAAAAGAAUAGCUGAAUAAUAAACAUAACUUCCCUUAUAACCUUCUUCACCUCCAUCUCGAUCAUCUUCAUCGUGCUCGUCUAAAUCAUCAAAUCCAUAUGAAUCAAGUAGUGAUGCUGAAGAUUACGAGGAUUAUAAAAAAGAUGGUUAUCAUCCUGUAAGUAUUGGUGAUAAAUUUCAUAAUGGAAGAUUUUAAGUUAUUCAAAAAUUAGGAUGGGGACACUUUUCUACAGUUUGGUUAGCUCAUGAUAAAUAAUCAUAAACACAUGUUGCAUUAAAAAUAUAGAAAAGCAAAUAAAGUUAUUAAGAAAGUGCAAUUGAUGAAUUAGAACUUUUAAAGUAUUGCAUUAAAAUUAAAUUAGGGAUUUAUAGAAACAUUAAAAGGAUGAAAAAUGGAUCUAAUAUCAAGAAUAAUUGUCUUAAAUUCCGAAAUUAGAUUAUUCAUCUUUAAAAUGGUGUGAUUCAAAUAUUAAAAAUACAGAACAAGAUCUAGACAUCAAAGUAAAAUUGAAUGAAACAUAUUGUGUUGAAAUGGUUGACAAUUUUAUUCAUUAUGGAAUGCAUGGAAAACAUUAUUGUACAGUUUUUGAAGUUUUAGGACCAUCUUUACUUGAUUUGAUUAUACACUUUGAUGAUUACGAUAAAUUAAUGGCUAUGUGGUUAGUAAAGUAAAUUACUAGAGAACUUUUAAUAGGAUUAGUUUAUAUGCAUGAAGUAUGUAACAUGAUCCAUACUGAUUUGAAACCUGAAAAUAUUAUGCUUUAAUUAAAACCAUAACAUUUUGGAGAAUUUGUAGAAUAAAUGAAAAUGGUUAAAAAAAAACCUUUAAGUAUGAAAUUUUUAGAUAAAUUAAAAAAAUCUAUUAAACCAACUAAUAAAAAAUAAGAAAAAAGAAAAAAAUAAAAAUAAAAAAAAUUAUAAUAAUAAUAAUAAGAAAAAGAUUAGGAGAUAUAAAAUUCAUCAGAAUAACCAUAAUAAUAAAUAAAAUAAAAUGAAUAAGAAAAUGUAUAACUAUAAUAANGAGUUGGUCAAAAAAUUAAAAAACAUUAAAAUUAAAAAGAUCUAAGUUUAAUUGUUGGAAACAAAAAAUAUUAUGAUAGAAAACAUCUGAGAGAAAACUAAAGAUGA